UAAUGUGUUAACUCGAUCAGCUGUUUUCAUGUUCCACGCGAGUUGAUAACAGAUAGAUUUUUCCGUGUCAUGGGAGGGGGUGUUAGAUUCACAUACAGAAAAAGUAUAAUUUUAUUUUGUCUGCCCCAUAAUAUUUUAUCAAUAAAUAACAAAAUGUUUACAUGCACUGUAACGUAGUUUAUCUUAUUUAUUUUUCUUAUCAUACGAAAUAAUAAUUUCAUAAACCUGUUGUGAAUGAAUUGAAUUAAUUUAUAGUUAUUGUUCAUUGAUCAUUCAAUUAUUUAGUUAUUAUAUAGCUCUAAUAUGUUAUAUACAGUAGGCAUACAUUUAUUUCAUCUACUUAUUUUCCCGUAAUUUGCUUUUUAGACAAUCAUGCUUUUUUAAAAUUUAAUAUUUGAUCCAACAUGACAUAAGAUAUUUAAACAUUUUAAGGUAAGUCAUCAUAAAGUUUAAAAAAAAAAAAAGUAUACCUAUUGUUAACUUAUUUCAUAAUUUUGAUUGUGUUACCUAUUCUAUUGUAAAAAUUUAUUAUUAUUGAAAAUUACACACAAAGUUUUGUUUACUGUUAAUAAACAAAUGUACUAAACAAUUAGAUAAUUUUUAUUAAUAUUAUGAUUUAUAAUCUGCUAUUUUAAAAAAAAUUAUAAUAUUUUUUAAAUUUAUUUAAAAUUAAUUAUUUUACUUUUUAUACUAUGUCCUUGUGACAAUAUGACCGCAGUGCUAGCUUCAUAAAUUGUUAAUGGUUACCUAAUUGACACACUCCAAUUGGUGGACCAAACAAAUUUAUUUUAUUCAUUGAUCUAUUAUAUUAAGUUGUUAAUUUUAAUAAAUAUUUAUGGUUGUGAUGCAGAUUCAUUAUUUUAAACAUUUAAUUGUAACAAAAUUAAUGAAAUAGAUUUAUAAUCAAUUACCUAAUACCUGUUAAUAAUUGAUUCCUUAAAAAUAAAUAUAUGUAUAUAGGUAUGUGUACAUAAAACAUUUUUAAGUAGGUAAAUAUUAACUAUAACAUAAAUAAUAAAUAUGAAUUAUAAAAUUUAAUUUUUUGCUGUUGGUCAAAGUAUUACAGUUUAAAGGAUAAAACUAAUAAUUACAGAAAAAAUAUAGGUAAUUACCUAUAUUAGAUAAAAUAUGUUUCAUGAUUAAAUCUGUAGUUAUAUAAAAAUAAAAUUUUCUCAAGGAUUAAAAAUAAAGUCUUAAUAAAAAAAUGUAUUCUACUGGUUUACCAUUAAGAGUACACUACACAUGCAUUUAUUGUCUCUAUCUUACAAACAUAUGCCAUAGCAUUUAGUAGAACCAAUUUUGUAUUAUUAGUUUUUAAAUUAUAAUGAAUUUACCUAUUAUCAAACUUAAUGUAAGGAGCAUUAUCUGCGUUUUAUAUGAUGGUUUGUUAUUUUAAUUUAGUAAUUUAAUUACAUUAAAUUAAUUUAAUAAAGAUAUGAGUUUUAAAAUAUCAUAGUUUAAAAAUACUUAUAUCUCGCUAGGAAAUUAAAAUAUUUGUAUAAAUUAACUUACAAUAACAGAUAAUGUUCCUAUCUUGAAACUUGAUAAUAGGUCAAUUUAUUCUAACAUUAAAAAUAAAAGCACAGAAUUGAUUCAGUUAAAUAUAAAUUUGCUAUGUUACGCAUUUGUAAGACAAAGACAACAAAUGCAUGCAUAGUGGCCUCUAGUAUCUGCCUACUUAUUAUAUAAAAUAUAUUUAAUAUAUGCAUUAAUAAUAUAUUAUAUUUAACAUAUAUUUAAGUAAAUCAUUGUACUAAAAGGUUCGAUAAAUAUCCUCCAAUCUUAUAUUUAGAAAAUGUCUGGCCCAAAACGAAGAGCUUUUAAUACUAUAUAGUUUCCAUUUAUUUUUAUAUUUUAAGAACUGUGUAAUUAAAAUUAAAUUAAAUAAUUUGUUUGUUACUUUCUUCUUUUUUUACUUUAACAUGAUAUCGGCACAUAGCUAUUCAUUUUAGUGAUAAAUUGAUAAAUUGUAUUUUAUACUUAAUAUGUUGUAUGCUUGAUUGAUCUGUCAAAAAAUACACAUUUCACAUCUACACCAGUGAUAUAGUUAAUGAGUAGGUAGAGUAUAAAAUAAAAUUUAAAAAUGUUACGAUUAUUUUAAAUACCAAAGUUUUUAUAGUAAAAUGAUAUGUUUUUAUUUGUCUGUCAGGUGUUUGAUAUCUAACAUCAAUAAUGAACAACCAUUGUGACACUGGAGAAAUUAAUUGGUAUCAUGGAAAGAUAUCCAGGGAUACAGCUGAAAUUAUUCUAUUAGAUCCCGAGAUCAAAGCAGAUGGUUUAUUUUUGGUACGAGAAAGUAAUUCUGCGUCUGGAGACUAUGUGCUCUGUGUGUUACAAAACAAUGAAGUAGUCCACUACCAAAUACGACGGCACGGAGAAGACGCAUUUUUCUCUAUAGACGGACAGAAUAUAAUGCAUGGUUUGGAAACAUUAAUCGAACAUUAUUGUAAAGUAAAUGAUCCAAGUUUAGGGGUACAACUGUCUAAGCCUGUAAUUAAAGAUCCUCCACCACACGAUACAAGAAGACACGGACGAACUAAUUUAUUGCAUAGGGCUAUUUCUCAAGCCAAUUGCAAAGUUGUUACAGAAUUGCUAAAAUGUGGUUAUCGAAAUUUAGAAGCAAAAAAUCAAGAAGGACAAACUGCAUUGCAUUUAGCCAGUCAAAUGGGUCAUGAUCAAAUUGUUGAGAAACUCAUUUCUUGUGGUGCUAAUGUAAAUUGCAGGGAUACAGAAGGAUAUACACCUUUACAUUUUGCUUGUCAAAAUAAUUUAUUGAGCACUGUUAAAAUCCUUUUGACAUUUGGAGGCGCAAAUAUUCAGUUAAGAAAUUCGUCAACAGGAUGGGUAGCUUUACAUGAAGCAUCAAGCUAUGGCCACUUAGACAUUGUGUCUUUGUUGUUAUCCAUGAACGCUCCAUCAAGGCCACGCACUUUUGACGAUCUCUUGCCCGCAGAUUUAGCACAUUCCAACGGACACACUGAAGUUGAACGCAUAUUAAAUGAAUUUGUUCCACCUACCCCGACUUCAAGAAAAGAACAGUGGUACCAUGGUAAGCUUGAUCGACAUGAAGCUACAACAAUAUUGAAAACCAGAGAUAAUGAUGGUUGUUUUUUAGUCAGAAUGAACAGGCAAAAUGGCUAUGUUUUGUCUAUGAUGUGUACUAAUCAGUGUUAUCAUUUUCAGAUACAAAACCGCAACAAAUAUUAUUUUAUUGAUAACGGGCCAUACCUAGAUUCGCUGGAACAUUUAAUUCAACAUUAUGCACUUUUUCCUGAUGGUUUACCAAACAAAUUAGAAGUACCCGUUUGUCCCGCAGUUAUACCACCUCUUCCAAAAGGGUUUCCGUUUACAUUAAGAAAGUCAAAGCCCAAGCAACUAAUAGAAUUUCAAGACAAUAUCACGAGAGACAAUUUGAUUUUGGAUGAAGUGAUAGGUGAAGGGGAGUUCGGUUCAGUUUAUAAAGGUAUCUAUCAAAAUCUUGAAGGUAAUGAAGAGAAAGUUGCAAUUAAAAUGUUAAGAUAUGAUAUGUCAUCAACCAAUAAAUUAGAAUUUUUACGUGAAGCUCAUGUCAUGGCUAAUUUAAACCAUCCAUGUAUUAUAAAACUAAUAGGUAUUUGUGAAGGACCACCCUUAUUAAUGGUUCAAGAGCUUGUUGUUCUUGGUUCUAUGUUAACAUAUAUUAUAAAACAUCCUGAACACAUAAGUCCAAAUUAUGAGUUGAAAAUGUGGGCUGCUCAAAUAGCUUCAGGUAUGUGUUAUUUAGAAAAUAAACGAUUUGUUCAUAGGGAUUUGGCAGCUAGAAAUAUUCUUUUAGAAGAUAGGCAUCAGGCGAAAAUUAGUGAUUUUGGUCUAUCACGUAUGUUAAAUGUUGAUAAGGAUUAUUAUAAAGCAUCAAAUGGUGGACGAUGGCCAAUUAAAUGGUAUGCGCCUGAGUCUUAUAGCUAUGGAACAUUUUCUAGUGCUAGUGAUGUGUGGAGUUAUGGUGUUACAUUAUGGGAAAUGUUCUCUUAUGGACAGCGGCCAUAUGAUGAAAUGGAAGGUGUUCAAGUCAUCAAUAUUUUGGAAAAAGGAGAAAGGUUAAAAAGAACACCAAGAUGUCCUGAGGAAGUUUUUAAAACCAUGGAAAUGUGUUGGGCAUAUGAACCUAAAGAACGACCAACUUUCAGUCAACUAUCUAAAAUAUUUGCAUCCGAUUCUGAUUAUGAGAAUUUUAAAGAUUUUAUAAAACUGUAAUACAACCAUAUUGAGAAAAUGGAAAUAAAAUCAUAUUCCUAUUAGUAAUAUUAUUUAUGAUAAAUUAUAUUAUAAAUUCAUGAAAUACUUUUUGUUUUAUGAAAAAAUUGAAAAUCAAAAAGGCAAUUCAUGAAUUGAACAAAUUGUAUCAUUGUAAAAUUAUAAUUGAGUUAUUGUUUUAAAUUUACUUCAAACCAAAAAAAAAAAUUGGUCAACAUUAACCAAUAUUACAUAAAAAAAAUAUAAAGUCAAAUGAUCAAUUGAGAAAUAAUUUUUUAAAUUUGGUUGUUAAUCAUAGUAUUUAUUUUUUUUAUUUUAUAGUUUAUAUUAUGUUUUAUGUUAAAUUUCGAUAUUUAAUCCUGUUAAAUUUAUAUAAGUUACAAAAAAUAUCAUAUUUUAUUUUAUUACAUCACUGUUAAAAUAAAAUGUCAAUUAAAAUUAUUAAGACAUCAAACUGUUGUACCUUAUGCGUAUUCACUAUUUUUAUAUAAUUACAGAGAAAUAAUCAUGAUUUUAUUAUAGUGUACUAGACAUUUGUUAAUUGGGUUUUUACUGUUUUUAAUACAAGAAAAAAAGAAAUUUUUGAAACUAAAUAAGAAGAGUAUAAUUGUACGUUGUUAAGUGAAACAAGCAACAAUAAAAUGUCUUCUGCUAAUUUGAUAUUGUAUGUAUGGACCAUUUAUAAUUUUGUAUUUUUUUUUUUUUUUUUUAUUGCAUACUUGGAGUUUCUAUUGCUACUGAAAAUUGUAUCUAUUAAACAAUUAAAGUUAUAUUUUAAUCUGUAAGAGAAUUAUAUUUUUCUAUUAAUAACAAUUUUUUUUGUGACUUGAAUUAAGUUAUUGUUGUAUAGAUAUUUUUAUAAAGGAUAUUAUGUUAUACAUAGCAACCAUUUGCUUGAUUGUCAAUUCCUUGUAUUAAUGAUUUUUUUAUAUAAACACUUAUGUUACCUUUGAUAUUUCUAUUAUUAUUGUUAUGUAAAUUGUUUGCUCAAACCAAACAGUAAUUUGAUAUAUGUUGUUGCCAUAAUAUCUAAUAAUAUAUAUUUAUCAGUUGUUUUACAAGUAUUAUUAUAAUUUUUUUUUUUUUUUUGAAACUGAAUAACAACAAUAUUAUAAUCAGCUGCUUUUAAACUAGGUACCU